GGGGAUAUUUUAUGUACUGGUUUUACUUUGUAACAGAUCCAUACUAACACUGAGAAUAAACUUGAGUCACUAAAAUCUGAUUCUUCUGCCCGUCUGUAUUAUGUAUAAUACAAAGUUUAUGCCUCUGGUGUAAUAUUUAUAUCUUAUUAAAUUUCCUUAUUUUAAAUGAAGUCGGACGUAAUUUUACUCACGGAUGAGUGUGUACUACAAGAAUUUUUGUUUUAAUGGUUGGUGACGGAAGUUGUAGGUUGGUGAUGUAUCCAGAGUCACAUACGAAAGUAGUAGGGUGGAAGUUUUUCGGAUAUUAGUAAUUGUUAGCAGUUACUGAUUCUGUGGUUUAAUUUAGCCGGCAUAGUAAACGAUGGCUGCAACUUUACGGCCAUACUUAACUGCUGUUAGACAUACCUUGACUGCUGCUAUGUGUUUGGAUAACUUUUCAUCUCAAGUUGUGGAAAGGCAUAAUAAACCUGAAGUUGAAGUCAGGACUAGUAAAGAGCUGCUUUUGACUCCUGUUGUCAUCAGUCGAAAUGAAAAAGAGAAAGUUCUUAUUGAGACGUCAAUAAAUUCUGUAAGGAUAAGCAUAGCUGUUAAGCAAGCAGAUGAAAUUGAACGCAUUCUGUGUCACAAGUUCAUGCGCUUCAUGAUGAUGCGUGCUGAGAAUUUCAUUGUUCUGAGAAGGAAACCUGUUGAGGGCUAUGAUAUCAGUUUCCUAAUCACUAACUUCCAUACUGAGCAAAUGUAUAAACAUAAAUUAGUUGACUUUGUAAUUCAUUUUAUGGAGGAAAUUGACAAGGAAAUUAGUGAAAUGAAACUUGCUGCAAAUGCACGUGCAAGAAUUUGCUCAGAAGAGUUUCUCAAAAGGUUCUAGGUGUCAAGGAAACAGUAGUCAUGACUGAAGAUCAUCAUAUAUUGAUGCACUCAUUCAGCAGCUGAAUGGUUCUGCCUUGUGGUGCACAUCAUGAAUGAGACUCCAAUGGAUUGUCAUAAAUGUGAUUGGAAGAGAUGUUUUUAUUUGAAUAUCAGUGUUUUAUAUAUAUAUAUAUAAGAAGGUCAACACAUUAAGAGGCCAGAGUAUAUUAUUUUUGUGCAUUAUUGUUCUUGUUAUAACUCCAAAAUUAAUAAAAAAAAUUAGUUACCCUAAAAUCAGUAUUUCAGAAGUUAUUGACGUAUUAAAGGGCCAAGGUUAAUGCCCUUCUCCUGAGUUGUAAGCCUACUUAAUUAGAGCACAGUGAGUGAUGUUAUGGGUCAAAAUGGGAAUUUUAUUUAUUUGUGAAAUUUUGAAGCUUAGAUUAUAAAGAGAAAUGCCUGUUGAGGCAUUUCCAAGAAUCGUAACCUGAUUCUAGGUAAUAUGCAUUUGGUGCAGAUAAUUUUACUUUUCUUUUACAAGGUCAGGUGCAGCAGGUGAAAGAACACAAAAAUUAGAUGCCCUACUGACAUUCGUAUAAAAUUAUAUAUGAUGUAUAGGUAUUUAACCCUUUAUGGCCUUUUAAUAACAGAGUCUAAGUCCUCAAAAUCCUAUUUAAAUGGUCAGAAGGUUGAGUCAGAUUUAUGGUGAUCAUUUGCUGUGCCCAUGAACCAUGCUGAAGUAAUAAUAGAAUGCAAGGAAUUAAAGUUUGUAAGAAGAGUAUUGACCUGCAUUAAUCAUUGUGUUCAUUCUUGACAAUCAGUCUGGCCAGCUCCAUGCUCUGGCUGUUUUAUUCCCAGGGAAGAAGUCGCAGGUAUAUGUUGAAUAGCAGACAGAGGAUCUGGAGCCAGUCCACAUGUGACAGCAAAGAGCAAAGAGAACAAGAUUGGAAAAAAUGAAUUCCAUAACACAGUGUAUGAUAAUUCCUAAUGGAGUUGUUUGUAGUGUAUUAAGCGUGUUCUUGGCCUAAUCGUAUAUAUGAGGCACUGUGCUAUCCCUUACACCUUGCAAAAGAGGUAGAAGGGUAUUGUGGAAUACAAAAUACAGCUGCAGUCACAGUUUAUGGCAUACAUUGAAAAGUCCAUUUAUGGCCUUAUGUAAAGGGGUGUAGUCAGUAUGUUAAAAAAAAUGGCCUACUGAUAUUAUGCAAAUAUCUCUCAUGUCAAAUUUCAUACAAAUCCAAUUAAAGUUUAUGAUAUGUGUAAGGUAGUCCAUAUAUGACUAUAAGUAAAGAGGAUUUUAUUAUGUUUCAUUAUUGCUAAAACUUAGAACUGAUUUGGAACUUCAGUGAAAUUCUCCCAUAUUGUAUUUUAAGAAGUCUAUCUAGUGGUUUAGGAGCUGAUUUCAGGUUACAGGCAGGUGGACAUGAACUGACAUGACCUCUGCAUAAGGUGUCUUUUACUUUAUAAAGAAUGCCUAAAAUCCUCUCACUGUUAGGAAUCAAAUUCUGGUUUUCCAACCCACAGGGAGUCACUACAGACUGUAGUAUCUUGUUUUUAUUAUAUUUAUUUUCUACAACUUGUGUCAUUUGCAUUUUUAUACAGUCCUUAAAGCUGCAACACUGGUCGUAUGUUGAUUGUAUAUAAUCAUUGUGUGCCAAGAUCAUUACUCUCAAAUAUGGUCUUGCAUUAGUUAGUAUUGUGCAAUCAAAACAUCAUUUGUGUGUAAACUCAGGAAACAGGACCUAGCAGUGGGUUGUCUGUUGCAGAAUUAAGUGAGUUUAGAUAUAGAUUCUGUUCAACAGAGGCAGUCUCAUUCUCUGCAUUCCAAGCCCUUGUGUUGUGCAGAUGAAAAGUAGAAGUUUAUAGUUUUCUUUGGUAAUGAUAAUUGUGAAGUGAUAUGCAAGAAUAAGAAGUAUGCUAACUGGUCUAAUAUUGGUUCCUAUUAAAAUAUAUCAUAAAAUUUAGGUAAUGGAUCUGUAGUGAAAUGAAUGUUUAGAAUGAAGGUGUGAAAGUGUAAAUGUCCGUGCUAAUCUGCAGCAUUAAAGAAUGAGAAAUGAAAUAUU